GGAUUCUCGCGUUGGCCUCGUAGACGAUGCUCGCCACCGCGUCCCGCCGCCGCUCCACGGGAAGUUCCUUGGGAGGGAGAGAAAGAUCAAGAGCGCCGAAGAUCUUGUGGACUUGCGCGAACUUUUGCGGCUCGCUCGAGGAGAAGUAAGGCGCAAAGACGCACUCUCUGGUGCAUUUGCGCCGCAAGAGCUUACACGCGGCGCAGGGGGACGAAGAAGAGGAGCGCGGAGGCGAGGAAGAGGAUGAGGAUCCCGGCGGCUUCGCCGCCGCCGCUCGCGAUUGGUGGUGGAGCUCCAGCGCUGCGAAUUGCCAAGAAAGAAUUCGAGAGAUUGGAUCGAUUUUUCGAUCGCUUCCCCGGAUUGAUUGAAGAGGGAGCCAAAGUGAAAAGUCAAAACCUUGCGCGAUCAUGAGGCCCCGUUGACUAAAUGUACUUCAACGGAGGAGAAUCGCGGGGAAUAUGCUUCUAGAGCUGACAGUUAUUUAACUUUCGCGGGGAUGAGCAGCGAAGGCGACAAUGAGAUUGACAACGCAAAUGCGAGCGAAGAGAAUGAAGAGGAGAGCGAUGAUGAUUUCAACUACGAAGAGGAGUUGGAAUUCGAUAGCGGCUCCGAGCCUGACGAGACGCAGUCGGAGGAUUUGGAUGCUACGCUCAGAUCGCUCGAGAAGCUGUCUUACAUGCUUGGCAAAGGCAAGCAAGGGACGGAUGCCGCCGUCACGCGCAAGCCGGAAGUUGCCGACGAUUUCGUGAGGAACUUCUUGAUCCGGAUGGGCAUGACAAAAACAGUAGCUACAUUCGAAACAGAAUGGUACCAGAUACGAGAGAAGAAACGAAUUCUAGACAGCCAGAUUGGACUCGUGCCUGAUGAGUACGUGAGGAGCAUGAAACAGGACGAAAUCGUCACCAGUUUGCAGCACCAGCUCAAGCAGGCAAAUCUUCUGGCACAAUACCGCCAUGAAAUGCUCGAGAAGCUCCGAAGGGAGAGAAACGUCCACCGUAUGCACCACCGGCGCAUCGCCCAAGAGAAAAACAGGCUCAUUGUCGACGUCAAGAGGCUCAGGAAGCACUAUGCACAGUACGAGCCGAUCAUCCGGGAGCUCAAGAAGAAAUACGACACGUUAAUGCGGACCAAAUCCAUGAUAGCUUUGGAGCGAGACAGGCUUCAAGCGCUGCUUGCGGCUUCCGAAUCUGGCUCCGAGUCAUCCUAUGGAACUGGCACUGUUUCGAGCAAGGCCAAGUCCGCCAAGGACUUGGCCGCAAGGAGCAGCAGCAUGUCCGGCCAGAUCUACCGAGCCGCCGACCCUCUCUCAAUCCCUCGAGCCGUCUCGGCUAUCUCGCAAGAGCCCACCAUCGUCAAAACUUUCGUGCUCCAGAAGACUUUCAAAGGCCAUACCAUGCCGAUAAGCAAUGUUGUUCUUCAUCCAAAGAAGCCAGUUGGGGUGACGGCGUCAGAUGAUUCGACCUGGCAAAUGUGGGGUCUUCCCGCUGGUGAUCUGAUCAUGACCGGAGAUGGACACAAGAGCUGGGUGGCGGGUAUCGAUUUUCAUCCAAAUGGGAUGCAAUUGUCUUCGUCAUCUGGAGACUGCACAGUCAAAGUAUGGAGCUUUGAAAAGGCCUGCUGCAUACACACAUUCUCGGAUCACACGCAGGCUGUUUGGGGAGUUUCGUACCACAACAGCGGUGAAGUUCUCGCCAGUGCUUCCAUGGACCACACCGCACGCAUCUGGGACCUCGUCAGCAUGAAGUGUAGAGGCACGCUCAGAGGUCACGUAGACUCGGUAAAUGGCUGCAUUUGGCAGCCUUACAACAGUAUUCUUUGCACGGCUUCCAGCGACAAAACCGUCAGCUUGUGGGACGCGCGCUCCUCGCUCUGUGUCCAAACGUUUUACGGCCACCAAAGCUCUUGCAACCACGCAGCUUUCGACCCAAAGGGAGAGACGGUGGUGUCUGUCGAUGCAAAUGGGAUCGUAAAGAUCUGGGACAUUCGCAAAGUUGCCGAGUACGCCACCAUCGACGUUGGGCCUCAUCCGGCAAACAAAUGCGCGGUGGACAAGAGUGGCUACGUCGUCGCGAUCGCAAGCAGCGACAGUACCAUCAAAUGCUUCCAAACUUACGGGGAGGUGGUUCCAAUUCGAGAGUUUCAAGGGCACACCGACGCCGUCCAGGCAGUGGUGUUUGAUCGAGCUGGGAAGUACAUGGUCUCGGCUGGGAGUGAUUGCACCUUUCGCAUCUGGGGGCCAUAGUGGACUUUUGCUGACUUUACUCAUUGGCUUUCAAAAAGGGAAUUUGACUAUAUAGUUGAAUGAAUGUCCUAAAAAGAAAGGUUGACAA